UGUCUUCCGCCCGGCCUGCACUGCGGUGUUUCCCGCGCGGGCUACCCCAGUUCCCGGGCGUACGGCGCGGCCUUUUGUACAGCCGCCGGCGCCGCUGCUGUCAUGGGUUUCCUGAAACUGAUUGAGAUCGAGAACUUUAAGUCGUACAAGGGUCGGCAGAUUAUCGGACCGUUUCAGAGGUUCACCGCCAUCAUUGGACCCAAUGGCUCUGGUAAGUCAAAUCUCAUGGAUGCGAUCAGCUUUGUAUUGGGUGAGAAAACCAGCAACCUGCGAGUAAAGACCCUGAGGGACCUGAUCCAUGGAGCUCCUGUGGGCAAGCCAGCUGCCAAUCGGGCCUUUGUCAGCAUGGUCUACUCUGAGGAGGGUGCUGAGGACCGCACCUUUGCCCGUGUCAUUGUUGGGGGUUCUUCUGAGUACAAGAUCAACAACAAAGUGGUUCAGCUACAUGAGUACAGUGAGGAAUUAGAGAAGUUGGGCAUUCUCAUCAAAGCUCGUAACUUCCUCGUCUUCCAGGGUGCUGUGGAAUCUAUUGCCAUGAAGAAUCCCAAAGAGAGGACAGCUCUAUUUGAAGAGAUAAGUCGCUCUGGGGAGCUGGCCCAGGAGUAUGACAAGCGAAAGAAGGAAAUGGUGAAGGCUGAAGAGGACACACAGUUUAAUUACCAUCGCAAAAAAAACAUUGCGGCUGAACGCAAGGAAGCCAAACAGGAGAAAGAAGAGGCCGACCGCUACCAGCGCCUGAAGGAUGAGGUGGUGCGAGCUCAGGUGCAGCUGCAGCUCUUUAAGCUUUAUCAUAAUGAAGUGGAGAUUGAGAAGCUCAAUAAGGAACUGGCCUCUAAGAACAAGGAGAUUGAGAAGGACAAGAAGCGUAUGGACAAGGUAGAGGACGAGCUGAAGGAGAAGAAGAAGGAGCUGGGCAAAAUGAUGCGGGAGCAGCAGCAGAUUGAGAAGGAGAUCAAGGAGAAGGACUCAGAGCUGAACCAGAAGCGACCUCAAUACAUCAAAGCCAAGGAGAAUACCUCCCACAAAAUCAAGAAGCUGGAAGCAGCCAAGAAGUCCCUACAGAAUGCUCAGAAGCAUUACAAGAAGCGUAAAGGUGACAUGGAUGAGCUGGAAAAGGAGAUGCUGUCAGUAGAGAAAGCCCGGCAGGAGUUUGAGGAACGGAUGGAAGAGGAGAGUCAGAGUCAGGGCAGAGACUUAACCUUGGAGGAGAAUCAGGUGAAGAAAUACCACCGGUUGAAAGAAGAAGCCAGCAAGAGAGCGGCUACGUUGGCCCAGGAGCUGGAGAAGUUCAAUCGAGAUCAGAAAGCCGACCAGGACCGGCUGGAUCUGGAAGAGCGGAAGAAAGUAGAGACAGAGGCCAAGAUCAAGCAAAAGCUGCGGGAGAUUGAAGAGAAUCAGAAACGGAUUGAGAAACUAGAGGAAUACAUUACCACUAGCAAGCAGUCCCUAGAGGAGCAGAAGAAGUUAGAGGGGGAGCUGACAGAGGAGGUGGAGAUGGCCAAACGGCGUAUUGAUGAGAUCAAUAAGGAGCUGAACCAGGUGAUGGAGCAGCUAGGUGAUGCCCGUAUUGACCGCCAGGAGAGCAGCCGCCAACAGCGAAAGGCAGAGAUUAUGGAAAGCAUCAAGCGCUUGUACCCUGGCUCUGUGUAUGGACGCCUCAUUGACCUCUGUCAGCCCACACAAAAGAAGUACCAGAUUGCCGUGACCAAGGUUUUGGGCAAGAACAUGGAUGCCAUUAUCGUGGACUCUGAGAAGACAGGCCGGGACUGUAUUCAGUAUAUCAAGGAACAGCGUGGGGAGCCUGAGACUUUCUUGCCUCUUGACUACCUGGAGGUGAAACCUACAGAUGAGAAGCUCCGGGAACUGAAGGGGGCCAAGCUGGUGAUUGACGUAAUUCGCUAUGAGCCACCCCACAUCAAAAAGGCCCUGCAAUAUGCUUGUGGCAACGCCCUUGUGUGUGACAAUGUGGAGGAUGCCCGCCGCAUUGCCUUUGGCGGCCACCAGCGUCACAAGACGGUGGCACUGGAUGGGACCCUGUUCCAGAAGUCAGGGGUGAUCUCUGGUGGAGCCAGUGACUUGAAAGCCAAGGCUCGGCGCUGGGAUGAGAAAGCGGUAGAUAAGUUGAAAGAGAAGAAGGAGCGGUUGACAGAGGAGCUGAAAGAGCAGAUGAAGGCAAAGCGGAAAGAGGCAGAGCUACGUCAGGUACAGUCUCAGGCCCAUGGACUACAGAUGCGGCUCAAGUACUCGCAGAGUGACCUGGAACAGACUAAGACAAGACAUCUAGCCCUGAAUCUGCAGGAAAAGUCCAAGCUGGAGAGUGAGCUAGCCAACUUUGGGCCUCGCAUUAAUGAUAUCAAGAGGAUCAUCCAGAGCCGAGAGAGGGAAAUGAAAGACUUGAAGGAGAAGAUGAACCAGGUGGAGGAUGAGGUGUUUGAAGAGUUUUGUCGGGAGAUUGGUGUGCGCAACAUCCGAGAGUUUGAGGAAGAGAAGGUGAAGCGGCAGAACGAAAUUGCCAAGAAGCGUUUGGAGUUUGAGAAUCAGAAGACUCGCUUGGGCAUCCAGUUGGAUUUUGAAAAGAACCAACUGAAAGAGGACCAGGAUAAAGUGCACAUGUGGGAGCAGACAGUGAAAAAGGAUGAAAAUGAGAUAGAAAAGCUCAAGAAGGAGGAGCAAAGACACAUGAAGAUCAUAGAUGAGACCAUGGCCCAGCUACAAGACCUGAAGAAUCAGCACCUGGCCAAGAAGUCGGAGGUGAAUGAUAAGAAUCAUGAGAUGGAGGAGAUUCGUAAGAAACUGGGGGGCGCCAACAAGGAAAUGACCCACUUACAGAAGGAGGUAACAGCCAUUGAGACCAAGCUUGAACAGAAACGCAGUGACCGCCACAACCUGCUACAGGCCUGCAAGAUGCAGGACAUCAAGUUGCCACUGUCUAAAGGCACUAUGGACGACAUUAGUCAGGAAGAGGGUAGCUCCCAGGGGGAGGAUUCAGUGAGUGGUUCUCAGCGAACUUCCAGUAUCUAUGCACGAGAGGCCCUCAUCGAGAUUGACUACGGUGACCUGUGUGAGGAUCUGAAGGAUGCCCAGGCCGAGGAGGAGAUCAAACAGGAGAUGAAUACACUGCAGCAGAAGCUCAAUGAGCAGCAGAGUGUACUCCAGCGUAUUGCUGCCCCUAACAUGAAAGCCAUGGAAAAGCUGGAAAGUGUCCGAGACAAGUUCCAGGAGACCUCAGAUGGUAAGAUUUUUCCCUUUUACUUGGGUCUAUGCAAGUCUGGAAGCUCUGGAGAGAACCAUGUCCUCUCCUGGUUCUGUAGGUUCCUGGAGCACAGGUCUCUGAAGAAGUGGAGGGGGAUGCUGGCCUGUGUGAUGGGCCCUGGGGCUUUCCCGCCCCACCCCUGCCCCCAUCAGUGUCAGCUCACCUACUGGUUCCCUCCCAGCUACAAGCCAGCCCCCUUCUUCGUCCUGGAUGAGAUCGAUGCUGCCUUGGAUAACACCAACAUUGGCAAGGUGGCAAAUUACAUCAAGGAGCAGUCGACUUGCAACUUCCAGGCCAUCGUCAUCUCUCUCAAGGAGGAGUUCUACACCAAGGCUGAGAGCCUCAUUGGAGUCUACCCCGAGCAAGGGGACUGUGUGAUCAGCAAAGUCCUGACCUUCGACCUCACCAAGUACCCAGAUGCCAACCCCAACCCCAAUGAGCAGUAGCAGUAGUUCUGCCCUCCUGCCCUGUCUGGAUCCCUAAGCUGCCCCUCUCCCAAUCUCUCAAUACUUGGCUCCCAACCUUCCCCUACCUCCUGUCCCUGUUUGGUAUAGUCAUGGGAUUUAGGCACUGCUGUCAAGCAUGAAGAGGAACAGAGGUGAUGUUAGGUCUGGAGCAAAAAUUCCUGAGCUACAGGGAGCAUCCUGGCCUUUGGAAGGAGGUGCUGAGCUGAACUGAGCCGAACAGGGCCAUCUGUCCAUUCUUUCUUCCCUCCCCCCCGCCUUCCCCUCCCCAGACCCCCUCCCAUCACCCAUAACCAUAGGUCCCUUGGGCCUCUUGCAUCUUGCUUGUGUGUGGGUAUGUAUGUGUGUAUAUAUGUGUCUGCGUGUGUGCAUGUGGGUGUGUUAGCACAAUAAUAAAGAUAUCGGAGAUUCAUUUUAGAAGGAGCCUAGGCUGAACUUGAUUCUAAGAGAGCUUAGUAUGACAGCACCCCAGAGCUGGGCAAAGGUAUUCAGGACCUCAUAGGAGUCAGUCAUGUGAAACUGCCCUCAUUUCACUGAUUCGUGUGUUCAUUCAUUUGUGUGUUUAUCAGACAUAUAUCGAGCACUCUUUAUUUGUCAGGCUCUAUUCUAGAAAUACAGAGCUGAAUCAGACAUGAUCUCUACCCUCCUACUGAGGAGAUGCAGUAGGUUCAUGAUUUCCCAUGGUCAGCUGAAUUCUAUGUAUAUGUACUUUGAGAAGAGGAUGAUCACCUCCAGGCUUCCUGGAGAAGGUCACAUUUGAGCUGAACCUUGACAAAUUGGUAGGAUUUGCUUGGGCACUAGGAGCAGAGCCUGGGCUCUGGGGACAGACAGUUUUGGGUUCUCGUCCUUUUUUUAAGUCGCUAAUCUGAUGUUGAGCAAGUCAUUUGACCUUUCUGUGCCUCAGUUUCCUCAUCUGUAAAAUGGGGCUAACAAUAUUACCUACCUCAUAGGAUUUAAUGAUGUCAAGCUCCUCACUGGGGGCCUUAUCCCUGCUUGGAGCCCACUAGGUGCCGACCCCUCAGAAUACAAGCCUUCUCAUACCUAGACCCCUGUGGGCUCUGAUCCCAAUUGUUAGGGACAGAAAGAGCCUCCAAAUCUGGAAGAUACUGGAUGCCUAGCUUUUUGAGAAAGUUCCAGGGCACCAGUGGGGUUUAUCUGGUAAGUGAAGGGCCUAAGGAAGCCUAUAGCUUCAAUCGUGUGGUAACCAGGUGCCUGGGCCCCAACCUGGGUUGUGAGGAAGUCGGGGAGAGGUAGCCUGGGCCACAUCCCGGCCGAAUGUGUGUGAAGUUCCUUUUGGGAACUAACUGUGUCAGCUGUAGGGACCGUGCAGAGGCAGCAGAGCCUGCUGCCAUGAGGUCAGCCUUUGCUCGUUCAUGUACACUGUCAGACCAUCACCUUGUUCUGAUUGUAUACUGCAUUUUUGUUUUUUAAAAGUUAAGUCAGUUCUGAUUACUCAAGUAAUGCAUGAAUCCAUUCUCUAAGACAUUAGAUUUAUAAAUAAAGGUAGCCUCAUUUGACUACCAUUCCCCAUCCCCCUCUAAACUGCUAUCGUGUGUGUUGUACAUCCAUCUAGACUGUUUUUAAGAUUUUUACGUAUAUAAUUCAUUGAAAAUACUGUUGUGUAUUUAAUAUAAAUGGCAUAUUGAGUCGUUCUACAAUUUGCUUUCUUCAAUUUAACGAUGUUUUUGAGAUCUAUGCAUGUUUUUACAAAAUGUAGAUUCAAUUCAUCCUUUGUAAUGGCUAUAUAGACUGCCAUUAUAGGACUCUAUCACAUCUUCCCAUUUCUUUUGUGAUAGAUAGUUAAGACUGUUUUCUCUUUUUGCUAUUAUGGAAUACUACACAGGAACAACACGUGUGUGUGUGUGCGCGUGUGUGUAUGAGUUUACCUAGGGUUGCUUCCUAGGUUGAACUGCAGAGUCAUAGGCUAUUUAUAUUUUUGUUUUAAAUAGAUACUUCCAAAUUGCCCUCCUGUACUAUUUACUCAAUAUUUUCCUGAGGUUGUCUUAGGUAUAAUGUUGUUACCUACUUCAGUUUCAUCCUAGGUAGUGAUAUCCGUGAAACCACGGGUUUGAUAUGCUAAUUAUGUAUUUUUCUAAUACAUAUUAAAAGGCAUAACUCAAAUUUGUGUUCAACCAAAGAAGUCACAUACCACCAGUGGUACGUGUGCUAUAGUUUGGGAAAUGCUGGCAUAUCUGAAAGAGCACAGUCUGGGAGUCACCCUGGUUCAAAUCCUAGCUGUAGAAACUUUAGCUCGUUACUUCACCUCCCUGAAUCUCAGUUUCCUCGCAUAGGAAAGGAGGUCAUAUGUGCCUACUUUGCAGCAGUGUAGGCAAGAUGAAGUGAAAUACAUUUGAAGCAAUUUGGCUGGCACUUAGAUUAUCACAGGCCUUUCAAGGUAGCAGUUACUAUUCUCCUCACUUUACAGUUGAGGAUACUGAGGCCCAGGAAGGUUAAUGACCAAGCUACCAGAUAACAGGGUUUGAACUCAGGCCCUCCGAUUCAGUCUUGUGCUUUCUCCGCUGCGAGGAUGGUUAUCAACCUUGGCUGUGUACCAGAAUCACUUGUGAAGCUUUUUCUUUUUCCUUUUUAAAAAUCAAAGCAAUAUAUACACUGAUUAGAAGGUGAAAUAGUACAGAAGGGCUUAUAAUAAAAAGCAGCUGUUCCCUGCUGCACCUCCACAUCCAAAAUGAUGUGGAGCUCCUUGCUCUGGUCCCGCCUCUGAAAGUCUAAUUCAGUAGGUGUGGAUAAUAAUAUGGAUAAUAAUCCUUACCUCACAGGGUGGAAAGGAUUAGACGACAUGCCUUGGGCUGAAGCCCUGGCCCACAGGAACACAAAUGUGACAAAGGACUUAGGUCCUGGGGAUCAGAGAGGUGAGAGGCCUUGUCCUAGAGCCCAGUGGUUCGUUGGCAGAGCCUAGACUUAACCAGGAGGAUCGCUGUGCUUGCCCAGUGCUUGCCCACUGUGCCACACUGCCUCCUAUCAUCACAGGGCAACAUGUGCUGAGUGAAGGCUGUACUCAGAUGACAGCCAACACCACAGUGUUGCCAAGAGUAGACUAUGUCCAAAUAGAAUCUCUAGGGCUAGUUGGAUGGCACUAGGCUGACUCCUUUAUACUCUGGACCCAGUAGCCUUGGUCUAGGGAGUUUAAGAAAACUCCAUGGCAGUGUUUACCUUUAACUGGGCACUUCACUCUAGGAAUCUCGUGUUGUGCGCCAGGGACACAAACAGGAGUUCAAUCUUUACCCCGCCUUUGAGGAGCUCACUAGUUGGGGGAGGCAAUUCAUAGAACAGCCUUUAACCAUAUAGUGUGAUAGCACUCUUGACGGGAGCAUUGAAAAAUGAGGACUAUCUAGCUUAAAUGUAGAGGUUCCGGGAAGGCAUCCUCUAGUCUAGGAGGUGACACCUGAGCUGAGUCUCGAGAGACUGGUAGGAACCAUCCAGUUGAAGUAGAGGGAAUUUCCAGGUUGUGGAGACAGUAUGCACAAAGACCUGAAGGCAAGAAAUGGCAAAACAGUUCCAAAAUCCUGAAACAAGUUUUACUGAGGUGGGGAAGAACAGCAGGAAGUGAAGCUGGAGAAGUAUUCGAGAGCCAGAGAUUUGAAGAGGGGAGUAAGAGCCUGGUGACAGAGUUCAGAUUUACUUCCUUGGGACAGUGUGGUUCCCAAACUGGCUGUGCACCAGAGACGCAUGGAGCAUCCCAGGCCCCAGCCUCUAAACGUUCAAUUUCUGUAAUGGAUGGGGCCUCAGGAUCUUGAGUGCUUAGAAAAGUCAGCAUGUGACUGUAGGGUGCAGCCAGGUUUGGGAACUAGCUGUAGGCAGUGUGGGAGCCACGGAAUGGUUUUAGGAGACUGUGUGUCAGAUGAGAACUUAAUAAACCUUUUUCUGGUCAGCCAGUAUGGAAAUGGUUUAGGAUAGAUGUGCAUGCUGUAUGCUGCCAGACCUGUGGUUUCCCUGUUGCUCAACUACUCACUGUAUUGGCUUGUUUUGUCUCUGAAUAAGCUAAAAGCACCACAAGGAUGGGCCUGGGGUUAUCUUGCUACUGGUAUAUCCCCAGCAAAAAGCACAGUGCCUAACCCAAAACAGGCACCCAAUAAAUAGUUUUUGAGUGAGUGAGUGCGUGAAUGAAUGCACUUGUGAGGGAGAGAAUGGAGACAGGGAGAUCAGUUAGGAAACUAUUGAGAAGACUAGGAGGACUACUCAAGGGCAACAGUAGUGAGAAUGGGUUGGAGGCAACAAAAGUGAGCUGUAAAGGGAAGGUGAUGAGCUGGACUUCGUGACUGAUUAUUGGAUGUGGAGAGUGACUGAGAGGAUAAAUGAAUGUCCAUCAGUAGCCCACAUUCCUACCCUAUCCCAGUCAUUCUCCUCUUUCCUCAUCCAUCUAAGUCAGAAUCUCCUUCCAGCCUCAGCAACUGGAACUCCUCCCCUAAGUUAGUUAAACAUUCUGUGUGCUAUUUGGUGUCCCCCCCCCCACCCCGCCCAGCCUCCCAGCCAUUGAUUCAUUCAUCCAGUUCAAUAAAUCUUGGCUAAGCACCUCCUGUAUGCAGUGAGGCUCUUCCAAGCCAGGACUCUGACUCCCUCUUUCCUACCUCAAGAGAUGUUUUUGAGGGCUUCCCCAGGUAAGACUCCCAUCCCUUAGACCAUUACCUAAAGUGAGAUGCCUAGAUGUCAGACCUGUAAGGGAACUUACAGACUUUGUCCAACUCCCUCCUGAGGCCCUGGGAGGGGAAGGAGCUUGCCCAAGGCCCCAUUACUAGAAAGUGUCAGAGCCAGAACUGGAACCUAAGUUCCUUUUCCACAUCACUCCUAGAGCCUUGAUCUCUCCCAUCACAGAUCAGGACAAGCAGAGGUGGCCAGGGAGAAGGCGGGACUUAGGUUGGCCUUGAAGGUCAGUGUACUGGACAGGCCAAACAAGAAGCUUGCCAAUUACACUGCCCCCUUCUGGAAACCCUCAGCAAACCUGCCAUGCCCACAGUCCCUUCUAAGGGGUUUCUUAAGCAUGAGUUGCCAUGCUCUGUACCAUGUGACCUCACAAUCCUGGCCACAGAUGUUUAGUUUGGGAUAGUAUCUGACUUGAGGACAGCCAGUCUCUAGGUCGCAGCCUAUGAGGUGGACUGAUGUAAGAACUCUACCUCAUAGGGAUGGCCUGUAUUAAAUGGCCUCCAGGGAGGCUAGAUGUGAGGCAUUCAGAAGUGAACAAUUAAUUAGAAUUUAGUGAGACAGAAGUGGUGGUGGAUGAGGGGUGCCAGAAGCGAAACAGCAAAAGCAAGGAGAAAGCUGCAGGGACCAUAGAUGUUUAUUAUCGUGAGAACAUGGGGCCGCAAGGUAGCAGAAGCCAUGAAGCAGCAAGACAACAAUGGGCCAAAAGGACAAAGAAGCCAUGAAGCAAUAGGAGCCACAAUGUAGCAGGAGCCACGAGGAACAGAAACCAUGAGGCAGAACCCUGAAUCUGAGAUCCAUGAAGCAGCAGAAGGUUCAAAUGGACAAGAUCCACGAGGUAGCAGAAGUGAUGAGACUGUAAGAGCCACAAGGUAGCCAGGCAGCAGGAAUCGAAGAGGCUGCAGGAUUUAUAAGGCAAACAGAAGCUACAACACAGAAAGCCCUGGAUUCAUUAGAACUGAAGCCCCAGAAGCCAGGAAGCUGUGGGAGCCAGGAGGCCCAGAAGCUGUGAGGCCCCCAAAGGCCAAGGGCUAGAGAGGAGGGGAGCAGAGGGAAAAGAAAGAAAGAAAGAUAAAAGGUAGUCAGUAGCAGUAGGAGGAGUAUAAAUACAGCCAGAAAGAAGUUGAGUCACCAUUUUGGGAAGCACUAGAGAAGGGAGCAACAGAUGCCUGCAGCUGAGGGGGUGAUGAGAUAAGCCAGGCUCUAGAGCUGCUUUGGAUCAUGAACCAUUUUCGAGUUUCUGUUCCUCCAUGAGGCUGCCUGUGUAGCUGUUCUUGUCUUCCUUAUUUCCCUGUGAAUGCUUCAAUAAAUCUCCAUCACUAA